GGCCGGCUUGUCAAACCACAGGUUCAUUCGCACAUAGAUUGCGCACAGAGGCAUAGGCAACCGCUAAAUAGUUAUUGAAAUGAAACUGACUGACCGAGUUGACAAAUAUGCCACAAUUUUAGUUUUUUAGAUUUUAAAUAUAAUAUAUUAUUAUUAUUAUUAGGCUAUUUCCAUAAAAUCAGGAGCUAUGGCUCAACUUGGUGAAUGGAGUUUCAAACCGAAGAAGGUGGAAGUGGAAUUGGAGGAUGAUUUUUAUUUUGAUUAUGAUGCGGAAGAAAUAUCUGAUUAUCAAGACCCCAAUGAACUUUUAGCUGCUUUGAAACAAAAGGAGGAAGAAGUCCUUUUGGCGGCCCAGUUGGGAAAUGCAUUGCUUUUGGAAAAUCGUCAGUUGAAGGAACAGAGCAACAAACUUAAUGAACAGUAUGCAGACAAACUUGAGGUAAGAGAGAAGUGUCAAAAGAAAACCCUUUGUGUUGUAGGAGAUGGUGAAGGUUGUGGUCGCUCCAGUGAAUGUGUCAUAUGCGCGCUUGUUCCUAUCUUAAAUUUAAUGAAAACAUGAUUCACGAGCGCAUCUAAUUUAGAACUUGAGAAGUAGGACUAUGCAAUGAGUCAAUUUAUAAACCAUUGUUAAAGAUUUCGUUCGAUAGGGUUUAUUAUAAACUAAAUUGAGGGUACGUUUUUUUUCUCAUUUUCUUUACAUUUCUCCGCCGACUAUGUGACAGCAAAUGUGUGACCAUCACUGAGAGAAUUAUAACAUUAUAGUUAGGUAGGAUACUGGUUUCCACUUACCUCACUACUCUGGCAUGUUGAUAAUCAUUCCAGACAGAGCAAGUCAUAGUAUUAACCAAUGUUUUGACUAUGUUAACAGCCAUAGAUAGACUGUGCAUUUCGCUGCACCUGCGAUAACACCUGCAAAAUAUGUGUACACUCUUAGAAAAAAAGGUACUAUCUAGAACCUAAAAGGGUUCUUCGGCUGUCCCCACAGGAGAACCCUUUGAAGAACCCUUUUUGGUUCCAGGUAGAGCCCUUUCCGUAGAUGGUUCUACAUGGAACCCAAAAGGGUUCUACCUGGAACCAAAAAGGGUUCUCCUAUGGGGACAGCUGAAGAACAGUUUUGGAACCCUUUUUUCUAAGAGUGUACAUGACCAAUAACAUUUAAUUUAUUUGCUUUGUGUUGACAUAUCAAACAAGGGAAACAACUUUAAACAAAUUGUCAUGGAAAUUACCACCAGGGACACCUGAAGUCAAUCUUAAAUGAAUCAUUCUUUAUUAUCAGCAAGCUGGCGAGGUUCCAACAAACUUAAUGCACCAUAGUACACGUCAGUCGGGAGUUCUGCUGGGGCAUUCCCGUUAGUUCUCUUAUACAGUGCCUUCGGAAAGUAAUCAGACCCCUUGACUUUUUCCACAUUUUGUUACGUUGCAGGCUUAUUCUAAAAUUUAUUAAAUCGUUUUCCCCUCCUCAUCAAUCUACACACAAUACCCCAUAAUGACAAAGCAAUAACAGGUUUUUGCUAAUUUAUAAAAAAAACACCAGAAAUAUCAUAUUUACAUAAGUAUUCAGACCCUUUACUGAGUACUUUGUUGAAGCACCUUUGGCAGCAAUUACAGCAUCGAGUCUUCUUGGGUAUGACGCUACAAGCUUGGCACACUUGUAUUUAGGGAGUUUCUCCCAUUCUUCUCUACAGAUCCUCUCAAGCUCUGUCAGUUUGAAUGGGGAGCGUCACUGCACAGCUAUCUCCAGAGAUGUUUGAUCGGGUUCAAGUCCGGGCUCUGGCUGGGCCACUCAAGGACAUUCAGAGACUUGUCCCUAAGCCACUCCUGCGUUGUCUUGGCUGUGUGCUUAGGGUUGUUGUCCUGUUGGAAGGUGAACCUUCACCCCAGUCUGAGGUCUUGAGCGCUCUGCAGCAGGUUUUCAUCAAGGAUCUCUCGGUACUUUGCUCCGUUCAUCUUUGCCUCAAUCCUGACUAGUCUCCCUGUCCCUGCUGCUGAAAAACAUCUCCACAGCAUGAUGCUGCCACCACCAUGCUUCACCGUAGGGAUGGUGCCAGGUUUCUUCCAGACUUGACGCUUGGCAUUCAGGCCAAAGAGUUCAAUCUUGGUUUCAUCAGACCAGAGAAUCUUGUUUCUCAUGGUCCGAGAGUCUUUAGGUGCCGUUUGGCAAACUCCAAGCGGGCUGUCAUGUGCCUUUUACUGAGGAGUGGCUUCCGUCUGGCCACUCUACCAUAAAGGCCUAUUGGUGGAGUGCUGCAGAGAUGGUUGUCCUUCUGGAGGAAUUCUAGAGGAAUUCUAGAGCUCUGUCAGUGUGACCAUCGGGUUCUUGGUCACCUCCCUGACCAAGGCCCUUCUCCCCCGAUUGCUCAGUUUGGCCGGGUGGCCAGCUCUAGGAAGAGUCUUGGUGGUUCCAAACUUCUUCAAUUUAAGAAUGAUGGCCACUGUGUUCUUGGGGACCUUUAAUGCUGCAGACAUUUUUUGGUACCCUUCCCCAGAUCUGUGCCUCGACACAAUCCUGUCUCGGAGCUCUACGGACAAUUCCUUCGACCUCAUGGCUUGGUUUUGGCUCUGACUUGCAUUGUCAACUGUGGGACCUUAUAUAGACAGGUGUGUGCCUUUCCAAAUCAUAUCCAAUCAAUUAAAUUUACCACAGGUGGACUCCAAUCAAGUUGUAGAAACAUCUCAAGGAUGAUCAAUGGAAACAGGAUGCAUCUGAGCUCAAUUUCGAAUCUCAGAGCAAACGGUCUGAAUACUUAUGUAAAUAAGGUAUUUCUGUUUUCUUUCUCCAAUAAAUUUGCAAAAAUGUCUAAAUACCUGUUUUUGCUUUGUCAUUAUGGGGUAUUGUGUGUAGAUUGCUGAGAAUUUGUAUUUAUUUCAUCAAUUUUAGAAUAAAACAAAAUGUGGAAAAAGUCAAGGGGUCUGAAUAUUUCCGAAGGCACAUACUGCUUACACAGACAAGUUAUAUUUGAGUGAUUUACAUGAUUCAUUAUUCAUCAUUAAUUCAUCAUUAACGUUUUGUUCCUGUCUGUGACCGACCAAUACCUCACAAGGCUUCUUCUCUCCAAGCUGAGACCUUGAAACUGAGAUACCCCUUUCGGUUCUCAAAGCAAUGUUCUGGGCGUACUGCCAAAUUGCUUAUACUGAUAGUGAGGAUUCCUCCCAGGCACGAUCAAUCAGUCACUUGCAUGAACCCAGUUGAAUUGGUUAUUAGAAAAGCACAAACAUAACAUUUUCCCUCACAAAGUCUUUACAUCAUGCAAGUCUUUAUAAUACAAUAUAUAAAUAGACAAUUAUAAAGCAGCACAAUUUCACCCAAAUUACCAAACUUCAGGUUCACCUGUUGCUUGAGAAAGAAUGAAUGGUUUUAAGGUAGGCCUUUGAAAAUAUUCACUAACAUGUCAUAGGUGGAUGGAUGAAUCGAGUAUUCUUAGGAGUCUACAGCCAAUAUGACCAUGAUCUAAGGAGGCUAGCACUUUCCUCUUCAAAGGAUAUGUCAUAAGAAUGUACUGAGUCUGAGCUUCCCUGUAAAACAAAGACCAAUGUUAUUACACACAAUGCACUCUUUCUCUGCUCUCUGAAAAGCUCUUUUGUUUUUGUGUGAUAAGCCUGAGUUCCACGCACCCUCUUCCCCACCCUGGUUUGCUAAUUAAUAUGGACAUCUCAUUAGAACAGCACAGAGAUAUAUUCAAUAAAUUGCUCCCUCCAUGUGAGGAAAAGCAUAUAACUUUAAUCCAAUACCUGGUAGGGAAGUGUGUUACACCUGCAGUCUGCACCUUCUUCAAAUGUCUGUCUAGCUUCUCAGGAACAAAACAAGCACAUUCAUUUGUUUGUGCACCUUUUGUACUUGUUGGGUCCCUGGCGGGUCUAGUUAGAGCCUCUACAAGUCUGCAGCAUCUGCAGUUUGUUGCAUCCUCAUUCCCAUUAGGCCUGACCGUGUAGUAAACAUCACAGGAAGCAUAGGAUGCCCUGUCUGUAUCAGGAGAGGAUUAAUUAAGACAUAGCCACGGGAAGUAGGGGUGCUGAGGGUGCUGCGGCACCCCCUGAUAAAUCGAAAUAAAAUAAAUAAUAAUAAUCACAAAAUGUGUGAACUAGGCCUUUAUUGCUCUAGUAUGAGUGGGAAAAAAUAAUUGUCACCCCCCCCACAUGAAGUAAUGUAGUUACGGUUGUCACCCAAUCUCUCAGAUUUACAAUGUUUCUCUUACUGUUAUGCUGUAUGGAAUUCUAUAAGCUUCCAGAGAGGCCUGUAGCUUUCCUAGAUCCAAUAAGUGUCUUUAGCAGCGGGAGAUGAAUCCACAUUAGGACAUGUUUCAGAGACAGUUUUACUGCUCUCUGUGUGGAUGGACAUAUCUAAUGUAGGCCUGACUAGGCCUCAGAUGUGCAAGAACAUGGAAUAUUAUAUAGACCAGUCACCAAACUGAUUUAUUGGUUUACUAUUAUGAAACAAUCCUAGUUUCUAUUACAUUACAUAAAGUGUAUUACACACUUGUGGUUAAGUCAUAGUCUAACCAUGUCUGGACUUUGAUGCUGUGUGCUCUGUAGAGUUUAUAGAUACAAUACAAAGAUAGCAGGGGUGUACCAGACUGUUGAAAUACCAAUUAUGCAUCACCUAGCUUCAAUAAGUACACAGUAAUAACACUGUAACAGCUGCUGUACAAAUACUCUUAGAUGUUCUCUUUCAGUAAUUUCAUGGAUUAAAAGGCUAUAGCAGUGGUAUUAGUCUCCUAAUCACAGCCCAAAGAGACCCGCAUUGGCAUGCAUUCACUGUGCCCAUCUGUUUGUUAUGUUUUGCCCACAGGAGCUGGAGCAGGGCAGGCAUGAUCUGCGGGUGAAGCUGGAGGGGUGCCAGUCUGGGUGGGUGAGCCAGGUAGGGGACCUGGAGAGAGACGUGAGGGAUCUGAGUGGCCAGGUGGACAGGCUGACCCAGGCCCUGACCGACGCAGAGAUGGACAAGACCAGGUUCCAGGAGGAACACAGAGAACACACCCAGCGCCUUAGAGAACAGCUCAGCACCGUGAGUACCUACCACUCCUUCACACCUGGGUCAUGUUCAUUAAGCACCAAAUGGAAGAAAACAGACUGAAAUAAAUGUAAUUCACUAGCAAUAAGCCCGGCAAGGAAGGCUAAUGUUUUGACGCUAGCCUUAAGGAAUGCUGUACAUAAGACCCUUUGUUAUUUUGGCCAUAUAAAGUGACGUGAAAAUAUUUAUCUAUUAAGGCAGAAGUAAAGAAAAGCCAACCACUGUAGUAACACAUGAACCUUGGUGAAACCUAACCAAUCAAGCUAUGCCUGGGGUUAGAGCCAACAGCAGAUAAGGUGGGGUGUUACCCAAUCUACCUACUGAAAAUAAAUGUACUGUACAAAGACUACCGCUGUAUAAAGCAAGGCCACAGAUAUUAGGUAAUACAUAGUAAUAGUAGCUAGUAAGUAAUACACAGACAGUACAUAUAAGCAAUAAAAUGUAGAUAAAAAAUGAACCUGAGCUGAGAUUAAGAGAACACCACCUCAGCAGUUCAAGAUCAGGUGAUAGGUCAGGUUCUUAUUAAAUGAAUGUCAUUAAGGUACAUUGCCUAAAGGCAACCCAUCCAGCUGGGAGGCUAUAUGAGUGGAUGGCAACAUGUUGUAAAGAGGAAUAGGGAGUAGGGACUGAAAUAAUAUCAACUCAAUUUGAAUGUGGUCUUCAGAGCAGGGAGACAACAGUGGAUGAUGGGAAAAGACUCAUAUCUGGAAUUGGUCUAUGAAUUGUAUCAGUCAUCACUGGAAUGAAUUGUAUACUGAGCCAUGUGGCUCUGAGCUGUAGAAGACCUAGACCACGUGAUUGGAAAACCACAGCUGUCAGGCUGUGUACUCAUUCUGCAGUCAUAUCCAUGCUUCAAUGUGACUCAUGUUUACUUUAUUAUAACUAUAUCCACAAUGAUACCUAAUACUAACACUACAACACUUGUUUGUAAAGGUGAGGUCCUGGGUUAUCCCUAUAAAUGCUGUGUAGGUGAAAACCACAAUACCUAAGAUUGGAAGCUUUCCGUUGCAGUCAAUGAUGUAUUUUAUAGUCUCUUAUCAGUUUAGUAGGUACAGUAGAAGAACUGAUUGGCUAAAGUAACAGGCCCUUGUGUACUAGGCUAGUAACCUUGAGUGGGCCUCUAGACUAGUUCUCUGUCAACUAACAACAAGAAUGUUGUUUUGUGUUGCUGAAUCGUAUGAUUGUGACGUAAACUUACAGUUAGUGAAACAAAUGACUAACCACCUGGCCUCUGUUGGAAGUUGAAUAUCUAACUCCAUUCCAGUGCACGGACAUAAGGCAAAGGAAAGAAGCACAACCUCCAUUUUACUCCUCAGUAUUCUUCAGUUCAGAUAGAGGAACCAUGAUCGUCACUCCACCCUGUGGUCAGAAGAUGUAGAGGAAAUAUUUUUUAUUUAUCACUCACAGUCUCCCAGAAUUCCAAAAGGGGCAGGAAAAUAUAUAUUUACAGGAGCUACCUCUAUCUGAGUUCUGGAGGAGGAGGAAGUGGAGAGAAGUGGGUUCAUUCUGCUGUCUUGCUUCUACCAUGGGUGACUCUGAGUUCUCUGGAAAUUUUAAAGUAAAAGAACAGCUAGAGAGUAGUACUUCAGAAGCUGUUGUUGUGGAGAGGAAAGGUUUGAAGAGUGUUUCUCUCGGUCCGGUCGCUGAUGUCCUCUUACCGGACGUGGUAGUGGAUGGUGGUGGUACCCCUCUCUCCAGGUGUGCAGCACUGCCUGGCACGGUGAGUGAGUGAGUGAGUGAGUGAGUGUGUGUGUGUGUGAGUGAGUGAGAGAGAGGCAUCGAUGUGUUUAAUAUCUGAAUGGUGGUUUGUAUAACUAUACAAUCAGUGUACCUAAAGAGAGCUCUCAAUAGUGUACAGCAGUGUCUGAAUGGGAUUGUAUGUGUGGUUGAAGUGGUUCUAUAUUACCAGGGUCUGAUGGGCCUAACUGUAGUGUGAGAGCUUAGACAGAGCAUGACAGGAAUCAGGGGGAGGGAGGUUACCACUCAGAGAGCUCCGAUAAAUCACCUUGACCACCAGGUAUUAAACUAACAUCCACAAAACAACCUAUGGUCACACUACCAGGAAAACAGAGAUCCAUUUCAGCUAAUAAAUAUCUCUAGAGACCACUAGAAUGCUUACUGUUGCUGUUCACCUCGGUUGUAAAAGAAGUGUGAAAACUAUGUUGAUCUUUGCCAGUCAGACUGGUUCGUUAUCCGGUUUUGCUGUAUCUAUGAAUGUUAUUCAAACAGUUGAGUGUGAGAGGGAAUGAGUAUUUAGACAUCUGUGACUGUCUGGCAGUGUCAUUGUUUAAAAAAACAGCUCUAUCCUGUCAGCAGUUUUCAACGUGAACAUGCAGAUGAUACAAACGUAUUGAUGGAUCUUGGCCUCACUGUUCCACAGAAUGCCUAAUCAGUUUUCCUCUGUGAACAAUGGUUCACCCAGAGUAUAGCAUUCACUUCUGUUGGUUCUAGUGUACUUCAUACAGAUUUUCUGUGGAAGCUCAAGUCAAACACUUGCAUUGAAAUAACAUGAUUUACACAUAUUUCUGGCAAAGGAACGUGUUACUCUGAAGGGAGUACGGUUACAGUUUGAUAAGCUGGAAAUGAUAGCAACUCUUGGUUGAUUAAACGCGCAGCCUAUCUCUCUGUUUGUUAGUACCUUUUCAGAAAUGACGUUAUUGUCCAAUCUAACUUACAGGAAAAGGCCUUCAAGGAAAUCAUUUAUUUUUCAAACAUAAGGAAAGAAACCAGUGCACAUGUCUCAAACAAGGAAGUGAAUAAGAUUGCUUUAAACCUCAAAGGGUUUAGCUAAGGUUUUGAACUUUAGAUUUAGACACCAGUAGAAUUACUCUGUAACCUGAAACACCCUCACUUUUCUUUGGGAUAUGGCCAACAGGAUGUACUUUGAUUUCCAUAGUGAUGGCACCUGUUAUAUCCCUCACUCCUGAUUUACAUUUAUGUAGAAUUAGACACGCAAUUUGAGGCCCCCUUGUUUGACCUUUGACUCAGACAGCAUCACGCCGUUUAGAGAGGGAAGCGCUAGGAAGAUCUAUCAUUGGAGAAUAUAUAAAUCUCUCACUCUUUCCAUUGAGGGGUUUCCUCCCAUGAUGUGUGUGCUACUGCCAUCUAUGAGCCCUCCCAUCCCAGGGGAAUGCUAUGCUUUUUUCCCCCACUCUGAGAGGUCCCUUGGGGUCUACUACUGCGGUAGGAAUCAGCUGCUAUGUGCAUCAUAGUUUAGACAAGGGAAGGCCAAGUCUUAGAGCUUAGUAGGGGGGUGUUGUAUUUUAUUUUGUGUCCCUAACAAAUGGAGCGUCCCUCUAUGUAUGCCUAGUGGGCUGCUUGCUCCAUUGUCCAUAGUCGUGCCAAGAUAAGCUGUGGACGGGACUCUGGGGCUGAUUGACACAAACAUACAUCCUUGCCCACUCCCCUUACAGUGUAUGUCUACAUGCCCCCUGUUUUUGUUUCUGUGUGUGUGUUUAAGUUCUAGAUAGCACCUUUUUUGUACGCAUACAGUAUGUCAAUAAUUGCUUCCUAUACCAUCUGGUAGUUAAGGAAACAACGGUCCCACAGAGAGAUGUUUCUAGUUAUAUUGUUAUGAUAUUGCUAGAGGCAAGAACCAUUCCUCUGACUGUAUUAUGUGAUCUUAGUUUUCAAUUUGCAGUUUAGCUCACAGCAACAUAUAAUACAGAUUCACUUAUUUAAUAUCUAUGAUUUUAUAUUACACUUCCUCAUUAUGUCUAUUUUAGAUAUGUAUCUCUGGAUCUAAUAUCUAGUAACUUAAAUGUCUCUACCAUUUUUAGUCUCAGGUAUUUUCAUCUCAUGUCUCCUGAACCUGGUGCCUCUUUCUCUGGUCUAUCUAAUACCUCUCUCCUGUCUCUGGUCUCCUCUGUCUCUCUGUAUGUGGUCCUCUGUAGCUCAGCUCAUACCUCUCUCCUGUCUGUAUGUAUAUCUAAUACCUCUCUCCUGUCUCUCUGUAUGUAUAUCUAAUACCUCUCUCCUGUCUGUAUGUAUAUAUAAUACCUCUCUCCUGUCUCUCUGUAUGUAUAUCUAAUACCUCUCUCCUGUCUCUGUAUGCAUAUCUAAUACCUCUCUCCUGUCUCUGUAUGUAUAUCUAAUACCUCUCUCCUGUCUCUGUAUGUAUAUCUAAUACCUCUCUCCUGUCUCUCUGUAUGUAUAUCUAAUACCUCUCUCCUGUCUCUGUAUGUAUAUCUAAUACCUCUCUCCUGUCUCUCUCCUGAGUGGCGCAGUGGUCUAAGGCACUGCAUCGCAGUGCUAGCUGUGCCACUAGAGAUCCUGGUUCAAAUCCAGGCUCUGUUGUAGCCGGCCGUGACCGGGAGACCAAUGGGGCGGCGCACAAUUGGCCCAGCGUAGGGGAGGGAAUGGCUGGCAGGGAUGUAGCUCAGUUGUUAGAGCAUGGCGUUUGCAACGCCAGGGUUGUGGGUUCGAUUCCCACGGGGUAUUAAAAAAAAUUAUGUAAGUCGCUCUGGAUAAGAGCGUCUGCUAAAUAAUGUAAAUGUAAUGUAAAUGUCUCUGUAUGUAUAUCUAAUACCUCUCUCCUGUCUCUGUAUGUAUAUCUAAUACGUCUCUCCUGUCUCUCUGUAUGUAUAUCUAAUACCUCUCUCCUGUCUCUGUAUGUAUAUCUAAUACCUCUCUCCUGUCUCUGUAUGCAUAUCUAAUACCUCUCUCCUGUCUCUCUGUAUGUAUAUCUAAUACCUCUCUCCUGUCUCUCUGUAUGUAUAUCUAAUGUCUCUCUGUAUGUAUAUCUAAUACCUCUCUCCUGUCUCUCUGUAUGUAUAUCUAAUACCUCUCUCCUGUCUCUGUAUGUAUAUCUAAUACCUCUCUCCUGUCUCUCUGUAUGUAUAUCUAAUACCUCUCUUCUGUAUGUAUAUCUAAUACCUCUCUCCUGUCUCUGUAUGUAUAUCUAAUACCUCUCUCCUGUCUCUCUGUAUGUAUAUCUAAUACCUCUCUCCUGUCUCUCUGUAUGUAUAUCUAAUACCUCUCUCCUGUCUCUCUGUAUGUAUAUCUAAUACCUCUCUCCUGUCUCUGUAUGUAUAUCUAAUACCUCUCUCCUGUCUCUGGUCUCCUCUGUCCCACUGUAUGUAUAUCUAAUACCUCUCUCCUGUCUCUGGUCUCCUCUGUCCCACUGUAUGUAUAUCUAAUACCUCUCUCCUGUCUCUCUGUAUGUAUAUCUAAUACCUCUCUCCUGUCUCUGGUCUCCUUGUCACGCCCUGACUCUGAGGACUCUCAUUUGUUGAGUCAGGGGGUGAUUUUCCUUGUUGUGUAUGUUCCUAUGUGUUAUUUUCUAGGGUUGGAUCUAGUAUGUAUAGAUCUAUGUUGGCCUGUGUGGUUCCCAAUCAGAGGCAGCUGUUGCUCAUUGUCUCUGAUUGGGGUCCAUACUUAGGCAGCCUUUUGGCACCUGUUAGUUGUGGGAUCUUGUGCUGUGUGAGGUUUGUUAUGUGUACCUUAGGAUGGCAUGUAUCGUUAAUUUGUUGUUGUGGUGUUUAUUUCUAUAAUUAAAUAAACAUGAAUGCAUAUCAUGCUGCGCCUUGGUCCUUCUUGUUCGUCAAUGAUCGUGACACUCCUCUGUCUCUCUGUAUGUAUAUCUAAUACCUCACUCCUGUCUCUGGUGCUUGUCUGUGUUGCGGUCUAGGCGAUGGAGGUGGAGAGGGCGAUGACCAGUGAGCUGCAUACCCUGAAACUGGAGCUCCGACAGAAAGGCCACCACAACAGACCACAGGACGAGGAGCUGCUCAGUGCCAUGAGGGAGCAGGUAGGCUGCGCGCGCACACACACACACACAGUUUUGUAUUGCUAUCCUUGUGGGGACCAAAUAAUUGAUUCCCAUCCAAGAUCCUAUUUUCCCUAACCUUAACCCCAAGCCUAAACUUAACCCCUAACCUUAAAAUUAUACCUAACUCCUUACCCUAAACCUAACUGUAACUCCUAACCCAAACCCUAACCUUAAUUCUAACCCUAAUUGUAAGCCUAAAAUAGCAUCUUUCCUCGUGGGGACCAGCAAAAUGUCACCACUUGAAUGAAUUUUCCUUGUUUUACUAUCCUUGUGAGGACUUCUGGUAACCACAAGGCUUGUUAAACAAAAACACACACAGAAACACACACACACACUUUAUCUCGCUCCCUGUGUGUGUCCAGGUGGAGCGUCUGUCCCAGAAGGAGCAGGCUCUGGAGGAGCGGCUGGAGUGUGUGUGUCAGGAGAAUGCAGAUCUACGGGACAGCCUGGCCUCCCUACACACACACUUAGCUCUACAGGACCAACACAACCAGCAGCAGAGCCAACAGGUAAACACACAGAAUUUAGUUUUGGUAUCUUUCUCCUUGUUUACUCACUAUCAUAUGUCAAUAGUGCACACUUGGCUAAGUGACUGUAACCCUGGGAUACACUUGGUAAUUGGGGUUUAACAACACUGAUUAUCCACUCACUGAGUAUUGGUCAUCUAUGGCAGUGGUUCCCAAACUGUGGGAGGGGUUGGCAGGAGGGGGCGGGGGUCCUCAUUCUGGCUUUAAACUUACUCUUGAAAGUUGUAAUAGUAGAAUGUGCAAUUUCGAAAUUGGGUAGUGCAUCAUCAGUUCCUCUUGUCAUGUUAGUCAUUGCAUACCUUAGAGCUAUUUAAAACUUGUGAGAAAUGUCCAGAUCAACUAGCCCAUGUCAGCUAAUGUUUUUCUAUUUAGGUUUUUUAGCCCAUAGAUAUUGUUGUAAUUGUUUUGUCACUCAAAUAUCACAUGAAUACACAUUAGAUGUGGCAAAAUGUAUAGAAUUGCAAUAAAAUUAGCUUUAAAACUGCAACAUUUUCUUUGUACCCCAUGACAAAAUGUGUAGAAUUGCAGGAAAUAAGCUUUAAACCUGCAAAUUUUGUCUGCUCUAUGGAAAGCGUCGCUUUACAAUAGACUCAUCCCUCCCAUUGUUACAUGUCAUUUCAACUUGCAAUGCUGGAUUCCACACAUGUACUGUAGUGGAGUUUCUGCACCAGGCUGGAAUCUAACAUGUCAGUUUACAUUUUUGACAAGUGGUAGAACUUGCACAAUUGGUGGCUGACUAAAUACUUUUUUCCCCCACUGUAGCUUUUCCAAUAGCACUAUGUUGAUGUAGUGCACAUGUUGUCUAAUAUGGGAUUUAUGGAUGACAUUUGCAUGUUAUGUAUACUAGAGCUAGAUCUGCUUUGCAAUAGUCAGACUGAUAGGUUCUGAAUCUCAAUGUGUUUGCAUAAUGUGGUUGAUUUUAGAUGACACUGACCAGACCUUAUGUAUCUCUCUGUGUGUGUUUCCCUCUGUAUGUUUUUCUGUGUGUAUGUGUCUUUGUAUCUGUGUGUGUAGCUGGCGGAGGCAUGGCAGGAGGCUGCAGCUGCGAGGGGGCGUUCCCAGAAGCUUCAGGUCCAGGUGGAGGAGCUGCAGGAGGAGGUCUCCCUGCAGGACAGGAGUAGCCAUGGAAAAACAUCCCUACUGUCUGAGCUGGAGACCAGUCUGGACACCAUGGGCCUGGGCCAUGACCGAGAACAGGUAACACUAUAUAAACUAGGAGACAUGGGACCUGGGACAAAGGCAAGGGUUAGCACACUUAUCCUGGGUUAAUACCCUUGGUACAUACAUAGUCUUAGUGUAUAUAUAUAUAUACCCCAUAGGAGAACCCUUUUGGGUUCCAGGUAGAACCCUUUUGGGUUCCAGGUAGAAACCUUUCCACAGAGGGUUCUACCUGGAAGACAAAAAGGGUUCUACCUGGAAGACAAAAAGGGUUCUACCUGGAAGACAAAAAGGGUUCUCCUAUGGGGACAGCCAAAGAACCCUUUUUGCAAUGAGGGUAUACAGUAUGAGUUGUUAGAAAUAUACAGAGAUACAUAACCAUGCAAUCAAAGUCCUCUACCUGUAUGUAAUAGGAAUUUCCAGGUGAACAAAAAGGAGAGCAGUCUUUCAAAAAUCUAUCUGGUUUAUUACAAGUUGCAACAGAAGGACACCACCCAGCACAGAAGCAGAGAACAUGUCUAACUGGCCUCUUGCAGACAGGCUCUUUAUAUGCUAAUCAGACAGCACAAAAUGUUCUUAAAACACCAGCCCGAGAGGCUUGUAGGAAGUCAAAACAAAAAGGCAGUGACUUUGUCAGCUUCUACAGAACCACACCGUGUCCAAAUAAUGUCAUCAAUACAACAGUGAAUAAUCAGUGUUUCCUCUGCCCUUGUACCUCCAGUCUGGCAUCAAUCACUAUCAACAGAUAUGAGAAUAAUCCAUAACAUUCAGCAUCAAGUCUAGUGACCAUCAACUUGCACCUUGAUUGUCACAAAUUGAACACUGGAAAAUGAUGUGCAUUAAAGAAACUCCAAAUAUGCUAAACAUUGUGUUGAUCACUUAAAUAUUCCCACCACACUGUAAUGGAAGAAUGAUACAUAGCAACAGAACGUUCUGGGUAUGUUCUUGGUGACUCUGUGUGAUGGUAUAGUACCUACCUCCGUAAAGGAACAUUUCUUACCUUGUGUGUCCUGUCUUCAAAGAGAAAGAAACAACCAGGGGAACAUUAUUUGCGAGCGCUUUGCCACUAGCUACUGAGGUGUGAACGUAUUACAGCUCCUGAGUACAGGGUACAAUUAGUAGAAAACAUUGUGAUAAUGAAUGCUUGAAACCAAGCAUAAAAGCUGAGCAAGAAAGAGACAAAUUAUAUCACAUUUUGACUGUCUGAUUCUGUCAUUAUUUCGGUUUGUUUUGUUCCAUACCAGGAAACUGAUGUUUUAGUGUACCCAUGAGUCAUUCGCUAGCCUACAUUUCCUGUUUGGUUGAACCACCUAAGCUACAUGGAUCUUUCCACUUAUAACUGUCAGAGAGCACACACAUUCUGUCAGGUUUUGUGUUAGUGGUUAUACCUAUGGAAGGUUAUUUCCUAUAGAGCUCAGUAGUCUCAAAGAAAAAAAACUGAUCUUUGACUCAUAACUCUAGGGAAAGACAGGUGAGGAGAAGUAUAUGACUCAACCCCCUGUGAUAUAUAAAUAAUGAACACAGCCCUGUACACAGUUUAUUUCCCUGAUGUCAUCUAGGAAGUGUCAAGUUCAAGAAAUGGGAUCACCAACUUUUUAAUAUCGUUAACCCACAUUUACUAUUCUUUUACCUUUCCUCCUCAGUAAUGAGUUUGACACUUUUGAAACCUGAGGAAAGAAGAGUAGCCAUAAUGUAGGCUGAACAUAAUACAGUGGCCCUGAGCUACACAUUCACAUUGUAGUGUUAAAAUAACACAGAACUCAUUGACCUAACACACCAUAGUCACAUCAUUGUCUUAUCUUUCCAAUUAGUUUUCUCUUUCCACGGUGCUACUGCUUGUUAUAUGCGGCCAGGUUUAGGCCGGUUUACCUGGGUUCAAAUGUUUUUGUUAUAAACGCUAUCAAUACAAUUUGAUUUGGUUUACAUUUGAAUCUCAUCUCUCUUUCUCUCUCCAAUAGAUGACCCAGGAGGUUCUGUCCAUCCUGGAGCUGCUGCGACCCUUGACCCGGGUAGUGAAGACUCCAGAGAGGUCAGAGUUUAUAGGUCAGGAGGAAGGAGACCUGCAGGCCAUGCUGCUGCAGUUAAAGGGUGUGGCUCAGAAACUGGCCAACCACACCCACAUCCCUCAGGUGAGAUGUCGUCCUGGAAACCAAGCCACCAACCAGGGCAAGCUAACUCUAACAAUAGACCAGUGACGUGCAGGCAGGGUAGCUUUUUUAAUAGAAUAAAAAAAGCUGUUGUCAAAUACAAGAAGCAUUGAGUUUAAACAUGUAUAAUUGGUGGACUAUUGGUUAGAAGGAUGCUACUGCAACCUCAACAACCUGACCAAUGCCCUCAUCAAACACGAAAAAUCGGCAACGCACAUCCAACACCAGAUCCCCCUAAAAUAAUUGGGGGACACACGGAUCGAUCUGCUGUUCAAUGAGCAUCAAAAACAGCAAGUCACCAUGCACAAUGCUAAGGUAAAGGAAAACCGUUAGCAUUUUGGGGUAGUCUUAUGAUGAGAGAACAAGCUAAUUUAAUUGUGGAAACUAUGUAUAGUUAUUGUGUACCUUUGCUGAAAAAGACAAAAGGUUAGCUACAGUGGGUAUUAUAAGUAUUCACCCUCCUUGGAUUGUUUCACAUUUUUGCUGCGUUACAAAGUGGGAUUGAAAUAGAUUUAAUUGUGAUUUUUUUUGUUAUUGAUCUACACAAAAUACUCCAUAUGACGUCAAAGUGAAAAAUAAAAUUCUUCACAUUUUUACAAAUUAAAUAAAGUCGUUGCAUAUGUACUCACCUACUUUGUUUAGGCAUGCUUAAAUUUGUGAAGGAGUAAAAUUUGGUUUAAACAAAUCACAUAAGUUACUUGGAAAUAAUAGGGGUUGACUUGAUUUUUGAAUGACUACCCCUUCCUCUGUCCCCCAUACAUACAACAUCUGUAAGGUCCCUCAGUCAAGCAUUGAAUUUUAAGCACAGAUUCAACUGCAAAGACCAGGGAGCUUUUCAAAUGCCUCAUAAAGAAAGGCAGUGAUUGGUAGAUGGGUAACAAUAACAAAUCAGACAUUGAAUAUCUAUGUAAGCAUGGUCAAGUUAAUAAUUAUGCUAUGGAUGAUGUAUUAAACCACCCAGACACAUCAAAGUUACAGUCAUCCUUCUGAACUGAGCUGCAGGACAGGAAGGAAACUGCUCAGGGAUGUCAGCAUGAGGCCAUUGGUGAUUUUAAAACAGCUGCAGAGUCCAAUGGCUGUGAUGGGAGAAAACUGAGGAUGAAUCAACAUUGUAGUGACUCCACAAUAAUGACAUAAAUAACAGAGUGAAAAGAAGAAUACAAAUAUUCCAAAACAUGCAUCCUAUAUGCAACAAGGUACUAAUGUAAUACUGCAAAAAAACACGGCAAAGGAAUACACUUUUUGGCCUAAAUGCAAAGCCUUUAUUCAAUUCCCCCAUUUAAUGAAUAUACGUUCUGUUGUUAGAGGGGGAAAGAAAGAAAAUUGUGUUUGUGUUAUACAAUACUAUGUACCGGUAUAAGGACAGAUGAUGUUGGAGUUAUGUCAGUGAUGUGGGGUUUGGGUCUCUGUUGAGGCAUUGUUGUUAGAAGCCUGUGGUGGCGAUCUGGGAGAGGACAGGUUGGGAAGGUUGAAUGCUUCACAGAUCACAGCAGGCACGGUUUAUUAUUCCCACCGGGAAACUCACCUUCCCGGGAAAGUGCCUGUCAAAACAAUGCAAGUGUUGUUUCCCCUAGUUUUAGUGUCUACACUGGUCAUAGAGAAAGGGAAAUGAGACUGGUGAAAUAAUGAUGUUAUCAGACAAAGGAAAAUAACCGAAGGAUGAAACGAGAAGCACUAACAGAAGUUGAAAAUGAACAUAGUCUACAGGAGAACCAACCUGAAUAUUAGAUGGACAACGGGUACAGCAGCAAGGUCAACAUAGAUAAUACUAAAUCACCUUCCACCUCUUACAGUCUGCUCAGCCCAGCACACGAGGGCUCAUUGUUCAGUUACCUGAGUCCUCAGUACAGUUCACGGGUUCUCACAUGGAUUGCCGGCCCUGACAACACAGGCCGGAUUCAUCCUCUAGGAGACAGAGACAUUAACACAGAGAUCAGGUGUCAGUCAGGCCUGCGUUCCAUUUAGAUUUAGACACAAUCAAAGCAGUGGUAUGAAGUACUUAAGUAAAAAUACUUUAAAGUACUACUUAAGUAGUUUUCUGUACUGUACUUUACUAUUUAUAUUUUUGACAACUUUUACUUUUACUUCACAACAUUCCUAAACAAAUGCUUCGUUUGUAAAUGAUGUCUGAGUGUUGGAGUGUCCCCCUUGCUACCGAUAAAUAAAAAAACAAGAUUGUGCCAUCUGGUUUGCUUAAUAUAAGGAAUAUGAAAUUAUGUAUACUUUAACAUUUACUUUUGAUACAUAAGUAUAUUUGAGCAAUUACAUUUACUUUUGAUACUUAAGUAUAUUUUGAUACUUAAGUAUGUUUAAAGCCUCCCGAGUGGCGCAGUGGUCUAAGGCACUGCAUUGCAGUGCUAGCUGUGCCACUAGAGAUCCUGGUUCGAAUCCAGGCUCUGUCGAUGCCGGCCGCGACCGGGAGACCCAUGGGGCGGUGCACAAUUGGCCCAGUAUCAUCCAGGGUAGGGGAGGGAAUGGCCGGCAGGGAUGUAGCUCAGUUGGUAGAGCAUGGCGUUUGCAGCGCCAGGGUUGUGGGUUCGAUUCCCACGGGGGUAUAAAAAAUAAUGUAUGCACUCAUUAACUGUAAGUCGCUCUGGAUAAGAGCGUCUGCUAAAUGACUAAAAUGUGAAACCAAAUACUUUUAGACUUUUACUGAAGUAGUAUUUUACUGUGUGACUUUCACUUUUACUUGAGUCAUUUUCUAUUAAGGUAUCUUUACUUUUACUUAAUUAUGACGAUUGGGUACUUUUCCCACCACUGAAUAAAAGGAGUUUCUGUGUUGCUGGCCUAUUUGUGUGGGGCUCUAGGGUUUGGGGGCUGGAGAGAGAGAGGUUAUUUUUUUCUCGGUACAAUGAUAGUCAGGUUACAGCUCUGAAUGUCCAGUAAAUACCAUGAGCUACUGUUUUAUAACACAACACCCACAUGUCCUGUGUGUUCACUCAUAGAGUGGCAGGUCAAUAGAACACCCCAGGGUAGAAACUAUGUCCUCUAAUGUAAUUUUAACCAAAUUUGUACAUAACUAAGUACCACAGACACUGAAUAGUCUGCUUUAGUCGUGGUUAUGUUGGCUCAUCUCAGUGUGUGUGGUUUGUGCGCCACCUUGUGGUCAUGUUGGUUAUGAGUUCUUGAUGCAGCAGGAGUUAUAAUAAUAAUAUGCCAUUUAGCAGACUCUUUUAUCCAAAGCGACUUAGUCGUGCGUGCAUACAUUUUUGUGUAUGGGUGGUCCCGGGGAUCGAACCCACUACCUUGGCGUUACAAGCGCCGUGCUCUACCAGCUGAGCUACAGAGGACCACGAGUUGAACCCAAGACAUUGGUGUUGCUAAUAUUGGACUCUGGUUUCAGUUCACAAUAUUCUCUCUUGUCCUCUCCCCUCCUUUAAAAUCUCCCAGCUCCAGGAGGAGAAUGCUGAGCUGAGGCUAAGGCUGGGAAACAGACAGGAGGAAGAAGAGAUGGCCCAACAGGCCAUCAGAGACCGAGAUGAAGCCAUAGCUAAGUAAGUGUGGUUUUGUCUUAAUCGUUGAAUUAUUUUCACUCUUUGUAAUUUACUUCAAUGUCAUAUUCAAACAGCAUUUAUCAUUCAUAAAGUGACAUGUUGCAUUUAUACAUAGUUCAUGCUAUUUUAUGUGUAAGUGUAACAUAUGUCCCGUGCUGGGUUGUCAUUGGAAGAUUGCCAUGGGCUUUCCAUUUUUUUGUUGCAAUGAAUCUAUGAUGAUGUCACUGUGACCUAACAUGUGUUUGUCCCCCUCUUACAUCAUGGCAGAAAGAACCUGAUGGAGGCGGAGCUGGUGAAGAGUAAGAACGACAUGAUGUGUCUGAACAACCAGCUGCUGGAGGCUAUCCAACGCAAGCUGGAGCUGUCUCAGGAGCUAGAGGCCUGGCAGGUGGGUCUCCACGGUCUCUCUGUCUGUCUCUGUUUCUGUCAUCCCACUUCUCUCUCUCCGUCUCUGGAUCUCUCUUUAUCUAUCUGUAUUUCUCUCCCUUCCUCUGCCCCUCUCUUGCACUCCCGUAACAUAUUAGGGAACUUUCAUAAGUUCUGUGAAAAUAUUAACAUUGGUUUAAUUAAGGCUAUUAUCUUUAGGGCACCUCCUAUAGUCAAAAUGUAAUGUAAUCCUUGGUCACAGUCAGAACUCUAGUGUUAAUUGGGGUUAGGGACAUGGCAACCUUUAAACAGCCCUCUAAGUUUGGACUGAAGGGAUCUGAACAUAACGACAGGUGGCCAAGGCUAGAAGAGUCUCUCUGCUACUCUAGUCUACUGCUGAGUCAUGGUGCUAGUGCCAGGCCAUCUGCUUGGUGACUACUUCCCUCUAGUGGUCAUAUGAAGACAUGGCAACAUAUUCACUGUAACUGACCAGUUCAAUAGACGAUUGAAAAUUUCCCACAGUUUCAACCUCAUGCUAUUAGAAGCGUAUUUCAUCUCUUGUUAUAUCCAGCUCUUACAUUUAAAAUGUAUGUAAAGUCUAAUCAGGCUCAUUAUCAACAGAGGUGUAAUGUUUUUAUUUAAUUUUUUCAGGACGACAUCCAGAUCAUCAUCAACCAGCAGCUGAGGACCCAGCAGCAGUCGGAGCAGGUCCAGAAGAAGCCUGCCUCCAACCCCAUGUCCUUCUGGAGGAGACCCAGCACAGCUUCCUCCACCAGGCCCCACCAGCCUUCCUCCUCCCCCGCUUCCUGGACCUCUGAGGCUGGGCAAGAGAAGCCCCAGUCCCCCUGGAGAGACUGGCUUCGACGGGGAAAGGUGACACAGCCUGGCAAAUAGUAACCUGGUAUGUCUUUUGCUUCACCAUGGAGGACUGGCACAUAGCACAGAAAUGUCUUGAUCAGCUGGCCAUUGAAGAAGGCGAGUCGAGUCAUCAAGGCAAGAACAAGCUGGUGGAACUAUCAGUCUUGGUAGAUAGAGUACCAAGCAGAACAGGACAGGCCGAACACUCAGUAACGUUAUGUAGUAGACUUCAGUAGAGUAUUAGGAUUCAAGACCAUGGUGUGUUGGAAACAAGGACUAGAUAAGAGCCCUAAUGGACAAAGAGUUAUCAAAAAGUAGACAGUAGUUUCCCCACUGUCACUGAGAAGAACCUAAGAACAUAAAAAGCAUGUUAGUGGUUAAAGACUCUAGCAUGGUAACUACUAGCAUGGCCAGAGUCACACACUAGCAUGGUGAGAGUCACGACAAGGAAAGAUGCUUAGAGGAUGUGCCGUCUUCUGCCUUAUAAUGAAGUCGUUGAUGCCUGAGAUUGUACAUGUAUGUGUGAAUGUCAAUGUUUGAAAGAAUACUGACAGUAUUUGCUCAGACUAAUUAUUUAAUCCAACCUUUAUAUAGGUAGUGUACAGACAGACAGAAGGGAAAUGAAGUUGAUAGAGUGACUGGACUCCGUUCAUAACACAUAAUGAAGUUAUUAUUCACCUAUAAUCAUGUUGUAAAUAUUUAGGUAUUUACAAAACACAGUUGAUACCAGAUCUAAGUGGUAUUCCACUCACUACAGUCUUUUCAAAAGAUGUAAUAAGAUUAAAUGUUGCCUGCUAUCUAUGCAAAAUGUUUGCCAUUAUGUAUUCAGAGAAAACAGCCCUUAGUAGAAAAUAACUAAAUAUACAAUAGGUGCUCAUAAAUAAACCAAUGAUAUACAGAAUGUCAUGAGUUCUCAUGUGAAAUGUUGUGGGAUCUAGAUACAUUAUGAAAUAUGUCCAAAAUGCAUUUCAUGCAUUGUAUUCUUACCUUAUGUGCCUUAGUUUUUGCCACACUACUGAAGGGGACAUUUUGGGGGAAGGGUGCAAUAUAGAUAAACUCAUAUAAGGUAUUUUGAUCACAGUACCAGAACAAUCUUUUAUUUUAUUUUUUCCAAUCUAAUGGACAGAAUUCAUGCAAUAUGUUGUCAAUACAUGAUGUAAGUUCUGUCCUGUUGUUCAUCGACAUUUUCUACUUGUUUAUUUUCAAUUUGGUUUUUAUUGACAAUCAGAAUGUCCUCAGAUUAUUUGAUUAAGUGAAAAACACAGAACAAUGUUGACUGAAUGACUGAAAAAGUCUAGUACUUGCAACUGUUAUUACAGAAGAAAUAAUGCAAAAAUCUAGAUUCAUAUUACUUAUUGUUGUAAUAUAUGAAUGUUAUCAAAGUGCAUGCAUGCUGUUGUGUAUC